AUGGAUCUUUUCAACCUAGUCGGAAAGGCUGGGGCUCCACGGAAUGUACGUGUGGGUGCUGAAGAGCAAGUGUUAGAAAACAUGGAAGCGGAUCCUAGGAGAAGUGUCCUCUAUGUAGCGCAAAUGAGUGGAUGCUCAAGAUCGACCACUCAUCGUACCCUUCAAGAGAGAAUACUGCAUCCUUACCAUUACACGAGAGUGCAGCAUCUGCGACCAACCGACUACCCGCGACGAGUACAUUUUGCUCAAUGGUUUUUGCGACAAAAUGAACUAAAUCCUGAUUUUUCACGGCGCAUUCUUUUCACCGACGAAUGUUCAUUUUCCCGAGAAGGAAUGUUUAAUGCACACAAUUGGCACUUCUGGGCACACGAAAAUCCACAUCUCACUAGGGUGAGAGCGUAUCAGGAGCGAUUUACUAUUAAUCUAUGGGCUGGAAUCAUUGGUACUACUGUGGUGGGGCCGUUUGUGUUACCUGAUCACCUUAAUGGGGAGGCAUAUGCUAAUUUUCUACGACUAGAGCUUCCGGCGUUGUUGGAAGACGUUCCUUUGAAUGUACGGCGGAAUAUGUGGUUUCAGCACAACGGCGCUCUUCCACAUAAUUCGAUACUUGCACGGCGAACAUUGAAAAGAGUCUAUCCUCAUAGGUGGAUUGGGCGUGGCAGUACUAACAUUUGGCCUCCUAGAUCUCCAGACCUUUCUCCUUUGGACUUUUUUUUUAAUUAAAUUAAAAAUUACGUAUAUAGAGAACCCCUAGAUACGUUAGAAGAACUGGAACAACAUAAUGCGACGAGCUAGAACUUGCAUUGAAGUUAAUGGUGAUCAUUUUGAGCACAUUGUUUAAUAACGUUACAGUACAACGAUUCCGGCCCAUAGAUUAAUAGUAUUGCUCUUGAUAUGCUCUCACGUUAGCUAAAUGUGGAUUUUCGUUUGCCCAGAAGUGCCAAUUGAAUAAGACAUCAGUGACUUAGUGGUAUUGGUACUGAUUUGUUUAUAGUUUGUAUUGUUCUUAAAAAAAAAUGCAACUAAACGAUUUUUGUUAUAA